ACAUUUGCAAAAAAUCUGAGUAACACACACAUAAGAAUAAUGUGUGAUAAUACCACUGCGGUUAAUGUUAUAAAUCACUUGGGUCACUUGGGUACAAGUCAUUCUGACAUUUGCAAUAAUAUGACAAAGCAAAUUUGGAAGUGGUGUAUAGAUAAAAACAGAUGGCUCACCGUAGCUUACAUCCCGGGAAAACAAAAUUUGGUGGCGGAUUAUGAAUCAAGGCGACAUCAAAGGGAAUCUGAAUGGAUGUUAAAUGAGGCAUUGCUUUCAGAUACCUUGGUUAAGCUAAACUUUAGCUCAGAGAUCGACUUAUUUGCAACUCGG